AUGUCAAACAAUAAAAUUCCUAAUUCGAGAUUCGAUCUUUCUACCUAUUGGGGACGAGUUCGCCAUGCAAUGGACAUUACUGAUCCAAGAACUCUACUAUCGACAAAAUCAGAUAUUGAUAAUGCUGUCAAGACUUUACAAGAGUACGAAAAGGGAGACGGCGAUUUAAAUGAAAAGGUUUGGAAUGCUAAAAAGGUUGUUGAUUCCACCUUACAUCCUGAUACAAAAGAGCCUGUGUUUCUACCUUUCCGCAUGUCCUGCUAUGCUUUGACCAACUUGUUUGUUACAGCUGGAAUGCUUCAACCCAACCUAGGCACUGCUGGAACCAUCUUCUGGCAGUGGACGAACCAGUCCGUUAACGUAGCAUUCAAUUCUGCGAAUGCUAACAAGUCCACUCAAUUAACAUUACCACAAAUGGCGAAAUCCUACAUGUACGCUGUCACUGCCAGUUGUGGUGUUGCUAUCGGCCUUAACAAGGUUGUUCCUCGUAUUAAAUUUUUGUCUUCUUCAUCGAAAGCGGUUUUGGGACGCUUGACCCCUUUUGCUGCUGUUGCUUUUGCUGGUGUUUUGAACGUGUUUUUGAUGCGCGGUGAGGAAUUGCGUCAGGGUAUCGACGUUUUUGAUAAGGAUGGAAACUCUUUAGGUAAGAGUAAUCGUGCUGCCUUAUAUGCGGUUGGAGAAACAGCUCUUUCUCGUAUUAUCAAUGCCUCACCUAUUAUGACUUCAGAAAACAAACUGGCUUCGCAAGAACCCUAA